AAAGCCACAUCCUUACAUGUGGUACUGGAAAUCAAACAGCUAGAAAAGAUAAACCAAAUAUUCUUCUCCCAAUGAAAAUCACAUCUCAAACUACAGUAUUCUCAGAAGAAGCUAAUCUUCUUCUUCUCCUCCUCCUUCUCAGUCUACCAAUCCUGUUGUUCUUCCUCAUCAAUCACUUGAGAAAUUCUUGGUCUAUAUUCAGGUCCUCAUCACUUCCACCAGGUCCAUUUCCAUGGCCAAUUAUAGGCAAUAUCCUUCAAUUAGGAACCAAUCCUCACCUCUCUCUCGCACGCCUUGCUCAAACAUAUGGCCCUCUCUUCUCACUCAAACUCGGAAACCAGCUUCUCGUGAUUGGUUCAUCGCCUUCUGCUGCAAUGGAGAUUCUGAAAACCCAUGAUAAAAGUCUAUCCGGCAGAUAUGUUCCAAACACUUUAGCUGCGAAAAGUCCGGAACUUAACAAAUUUUCACUUGGAUGGUCUCUAGAGUGCAAUGAGUUGUGGAGGAACUUGAGGACCCUUUGUCGAGACGAGCUAUUCUCAAGUAAAGCAAUAGGUACUCAAGCUUGUAUAAGAGAGAAAAAGGUAAAAGAAAUGUUGGAAUUUAUAGGUAAAAGGCAAGGUCAGGUUGUGAAGAUUAGAGAAUUAGUGGCUGCUGUUGUAUUCAAUAUGAUUAGUAAUAUUGUGGUCUCAAAAGAUGUUGUAAACUUGGAGGAUGAGAGUGAAAAUGGGGAGAUUAAUAGGCUUGUGAGGAACGUUGUGGAGCUUGUUUCUACUCCAAAUAUAUCUGAUAUUUAUCCUCUUUUGGCGCCAUUGGAUAUACAAGGGUUAAGGAAGAAAGCCUUGGAACAACAUGAAAAGAGCAAUAAGAUGUGGAAGGAAAUCAUCAAAGAAAGGAAGGAGAUUAGAAAAAGCCGUAUUGGUGAUUCAACUCAUCAACAUGAUUUACUUGAUGCUAUCAUAAACAAAGGUUGUCCUGAUGAUCAAGUCAAUGUACUUUUUCUGGAGUUGUUUAUUGCUGGAACAGACACUAGCAGCUUAGCAAUUGAGUGGACAAUGGCAGAACUAAUUAGGAAUCCAAGGUGCUUGAAGAUUGUUGAAGAUGAGCUUGCUAGAGAAAUCAAUCAAGAAGAUUUCAUAGCAGAAUCCCAUGUACCCAACUUAACAUACCUUCAAGCUUGUAUUAAAGAAGCCUUGAGAUUGUAUCCUCCUAUACCAUAUCUCGUCCCACAUCGAGCAGUUGAGUCAUGCCAAGUUAUGAACCACACCAUUCCUAAGGACUCAAUGAUUCUGAUGAACCUCUGGGCCAUUGGAAGAGACCCAAAUUACUGGGAAGAUCCAUCAGAGUUCAAACCAGAAAGGUUUUUGAAUUCAAGUUUGGAUUUUAAAGGGAAUGACUUCCAAUUGAUACCUUUCGGUUCAGGAAGGAGAAUUUGCCCUGGCUUACCAAUGGCUGCUUUGCAUGUUCCUUUGAUUGUUGCUUCCCUCAUUCAUUUCUUUGAUUGGUCUCUUCCACUGGGAAAGGAUCCAAGGGACUUGGAUAUGACUGAGAAAUCUGGUCUUGAUAUGGUGAAGAAAGUGCCUCUCCUCCUUGUUCCAAGAACUAAAUUUUAAAUAUGAGAUAAUUUUCCUCUUAAGUUUUAUGUGUAAUAUAAGUAAGUACAUCAAUGUGUUGUGUAAUCAAUAUAGUAUGGUUUUGUGAUA